AUGGCUCCUCAGUCGCGUGCAUUCGCCGACGCGGCUGCCGCUGCUCUUCGGGCUCUCCAGUGCUCCGGACCGGGAGCUGUUGAUGUCGCCACCGACACUUCGGGUCGUCGUCCGGCGCGCCAGGCUCGUUCGGCGGGUGCCCCCGCCCCUAUCGCCGCUGGUGCUGUGCCCCCAGCCCCGGCCGCGCCUGCAGGUGACCCUACGCUCAUUCCUGCCGCCUCCGGGACCUCGACUCCCUCGCCGGCAGUUCCCAGUGAAGAGGCUCCCGACUCGCCGCCGACACCGUCGCCAACUCCCGCGCCUUCGGUCACGUUGGCAACUCGCGGGGCGUCGGUUCCUCCGACAGUGGUCGUCUUGGGCGAGCAGCAGAUGCUGGAACUCGCUCGUCUCGUCGUGGGUGUUGCCCGUUCACCUCCAGCUCGAGUCAACGCUGCUCUCGACCACAGCCUGCAAGCUGCUACUAACGUCGGUGAGGUGCUGGCUGCUGCCGUUGCUCCUCCGCGUCUCCCUCUUGCGGAGGCUGAUGAACGGGUGGCCCUCCGCCGCGAGAACGACCGGCUGCAGGCAGAGCUCUCCGACGCCAAAGAUAAACUCGCUGAAGAAAUGAACCUGCGGACCAAGUCGGACUACUUCCUCGUCGCGGCCAACUCCGAGUGCGACCAAGCUCUGGACCUCGUCCAGGACAUGCGCGUCCAGCUCAGCAACGCCAGCGCUCAGUUGAUGCAAGCGAACGCGGCCAUCGCUCACCACGCUGACGUCACUCAGUCGUUGGAGAAGCGGACCUCGUUGCUGAGGCCGAUUCGGCCGCUGCUGUACGUCGGAACACCCAGCUCCACGAGCUUGGAGAGGCUUCGGAAGCAGUUGGCCGACCGCGACCGAGCAAACGUCAUCCCCGCACGCAUUCAAGCGUUGACGGACGAGAACAACAGCUUGCGGCGAGCGAAUUCUAUCCUUCGUCGGCCCUCAGCAGCACCCGGACUCGACGUCGACACCUUGGUCCUAGCCUCAGCCGGCAUCUCCGCCGCAGAGAUUGAUUGGAAUCUUCUCGGGCUGUCCCCACCGACGGUCACUGUUGAGAGUCCACGCCAUGACGAAUCCUCGUCAGAGGAGGGAGAGGAGUCCAAGACGACCGACGUGCCGAUGGCUGAGUCCACCGAGGCUACGUCCGCUCCCGCUGCUUCGGUGGGCGCUUCUGCUGGUUCCCCGGUCUCCACUGAGUCGUCAUCGCGCAAGCGGGGUCGGCAAACCGAGUCUGCUUUCGUCGGGAAUACGGCAUCCCAGCCUCCUCCUCACAAACGCUUCGGCAGACCGCCAGUCAACCUGAGGGCCAGGGCUGCAGCGGCCGCCGCGCCAUCUAGUCCUCGUUCGGCAUCAGGAGGAGAGAUUUCCCCGCCUCCUCGGUCGAUGACGUCCCCUUGUAUCCUCGGCUGGCCCGUCGCGCCUCGCCUCCCUCGCCAGCCCCAGCAGCAGGAAUCGUCUGACGUGGCGUUUGGAGGGGGUAAGAGUCCUAGCGACACUUCACAAGAUGACCUUGAGCCCGGCGAGAUUCCGGGGGUGUCGGCCAGCGCUCAGGGUGUUCAAGGUUCUGCCACCGAGCCUUCCGGUACUGUCAUCGAGGUUCCAUCCAAGGGUUCGCCUUCCGCGGCGGCUUCCAUUCCUUCGCCAGUCUCGUCUGGUACAGCCGGCGUCGGCCGUGCCCCUCGAGAAUCGGCUGCUGGGGUCACCGAGGGCUCUGGCGGCCCGCCAGACCGUCCACCUAGCGGUGAGUCGCCUCAUGAGUCCGAGACUUCCGAGGACCGCGCAGCGUUGUUCCUGGAGAUGUUCGGCCCCGACGAAAGAGAGGAAACCUCGGUGGCGCAACCUGUCGCUCCUUCGGAGGCUCCUUCUCCUCUGGUUGCCGCGACCGGGGUUCCUGUAGCUUCACAAGCGGCCACCGUGCCAAUCCCGAGUCGACUCCACACUCGGUCGGCCUCUGUUCACGCUCGGGCGAUGGUAACAGCAACGGUGACAGCUUCACCGAGAGCUGGACCUGCGUCGAUUGCCCCAGCAGUCGUUGACGCUUCCGACGUAGCUCCUGGAUCGCGUAAGCUCAGUGGUCUUGCUACCCGCCGGGACGACUUGGUCGCCCCCAGUUCAGUGGAUGGAAUCGUGGAGUUUGGCUUGUGGACGGAUCCUGCUCACCCCUUCCAAGUGUUGCGCCAGCUUUUCCCAGACGAGCCUUGUUUGAUCGAUACGACGGGUUUUCCAUCCUCGGUGGCUAUAUCCCGUCGUGCAACUGGUCGGACUCUUCUCGUUCGCCUAUGGCGGCAGUUCCAGGGGUACUCCUACCACUCCACCGAGAGGGGCGACCUUGGUUUCACCUUGUGGGAGCGUCGCCACUGGAUUAGGGGUAAUGCUGUCAAGGCGUAUAUCGACAACCUCGCCAGCACCCUCGGUCAGCGCAACGUGCAAGUCCUAGCGCUUCGACAAGCGUGGUCCAAGUACCACCGAGAGCGCAGUUAUCGUGCAGAUCGCUUGCGAGACCAGAUGCUCCACAAGGUGUGGAAUGGGGCCAAUACGUACGACGGACAACCUCCACAGCACCGCACCGAGGUUUUGCUGGAGCCGUCGUACCUGCAAUACUCGUUCAAGGUGAUGGAGUGGGUCCCCACUACCGACGACUGGGUCUCCGAGGUGGCGGACGUGGAUGCCCGCGAGCCGUGA